GGAAUGGUGAAUUCGCAAUUAACUUUUCCUCGCUCUGUAACACACCUUCUAAUCGUUUCAAUAUAUGCUGGCGCGUGAUUUCCGAUAAUGACGUUGUCUGCAACGUCCCAGUUGGAUUCGACAAUCCUGAAUUAUUGCAAUACAUUUGCAAUAAUUAUAUUUUUGAUUACGCUCAUGUCGGCGAAGCUAUAAGGCUUUUCCAGGACGGGCGUAGACCAGAGACGCAGAUCCCUAAUUUGCUUAAAGACGAAAAGGAUGUGAGUCGUGCGGAACCGGUAAAUCCGGCUGCUCUGGAUGAUGAUAAACAGGAUAGAUUCAUGCCGCCUUUUGUCAAAGAUCAUUCCCUCAAGAAUUCGCUCCUAAAACAAACGAACCAGACUAUUGACGAUCCUUGUGGAUCAUCUCCCGAAGAUCCUUCUGCAGGUUGCUUUAAGCAUGGGUUUGCCGAUCGAUAA